AUGCACAUUAUCCUGCAGCUUUUAUCCAUACUAUGCAGUUUAGAGGUGGCUGUCUCGCUUUUGGGGGAAAGCAGAAGGGGAACAAGAGAACUGAAUGCUCCAUCUCCGAUAGAUUGUAAGCUGAGCAGCUGGAGCACAUGGGGGCCCUGCGACCCAUGCACCUCUCAAAGGUUUCGCUCUAGACGUAUUGAAAGAUUUGGGCAGUUUGGUGGAACACCGUGCCUGGAGACCUUAGGAGAUACACAAAGCUGUGAAAUCAGCAAAGUAUGUCCUGAAGAACCAGAACCAGACUGUGGUACUGACUUCCAGUGCAAUUCUGGUCGAUGCAUAAAGCGACGACUUGUGUGUAACGUAGAUAAUGACUGUGGAGACUUUUCUGAUGAAGAUAACUGUGAAUCCGACCCACGAUCACCAUGCCGUAACCAUGAUAUUGAUGUGUCUGAAGUUGGCAGGACUGCAGGGCAAGGAAUCAACAUUUUAGGGAUGCAGCCAAUGGCCAGCCCAUUUGACAAUGACUUUUUCAAUGGUCUUUGUGAAAGGGUGCGUGAUGGAAACACACGGACAUACUACCGCAAGCCAUGGAACGUGGGUGUUCUCACUUAUGAUACGAAAGCAGACAAAACCUUCACAUCUGUGUUCUACCAUGAUCGUGUAAAAAUGUUGCGAGAGGUUUACAUAGAUAAACAAAAACAUUUUAAUGUUGACCUGUCUCUGAAAUACACACCUACUGAAGGAAGUAACAAGAAUGGUUCAGAUGGAAAUUUCAAGUAUUACUACAGCAAGAAUUCAAGUUUAACUUCUAUUCUGAAAAGCUCCACAGAAAGGAACCAAACGUUUCUCCAUAUAAAAGGAAAAAUUCAGCUCGGAAGAUUCCAAAUGAGGAGUCGUGAUGUCCGUCUCACAGAUAGUUUCCUUGAUGAUAUAAACUUUCUACCUGCUGUAUACGAUAAGGGGGAAUAUUUCAAAUUCCUAGAAGAUUAUGGAACUCAUUAUGCGGUCUCUGGAACUGUAGGAGGAAAAUAUGAACUUGUGUACGUGCUGGAUGAUUACGCUAUGUCUCGAAUAGGUAUCACUGUAGAAGAUGUGAAAAGAUGUCUCGGCUAUCACUUAGAUGCCAAUAUUGCAUACAAAGACAUACAUGCCAAUGUCAAUAUUGAUAGUGGUAAAUGUGAAAAGAUUCAUGUGAAGGAAAACUCAGAACUUAAGGAUGAUGCUGUCAUUGACGAUGUCAUUUCCUUAGUUGAUGGAGGGACGAUUGACUUCUCAGUUAAAAUAAAAGAAAUGUUACUGCGAGGAUCAAAAAUGGUUGAUGUAGAGGAUUACAUACAGUGGGCUAAGUCUUUGGUUGAUGCUCCAGUAGUGAUACAGCAACGGCCUUCUCCAAUACAUACACUUGUUCCAGUUAAAAUAAGAGAUGCAUAUUUAAAGAAACGAAAUUUGGAAAGAGCAAUUGAAGAUUACAUUACUGAAUACAGUGUGUGCAAAUGUGAACCCUGCAAAAAUGGAGGCACUCUUGUGCUGGUCGAUGGAGCCUGUACAUGCAUGUGCUCGAGCUACUUUAAGGGAAUUGCUUGUCAGAUUCCCAAAUCUACAUUAAUUAAAGUUGUUACUGAUGGAGGCUGGAGCUGUUGGAGUGCCUGGUCCACCUGCAUCAAUGGAGAAAGCACUCGAACUCGCCAGUGUAACAAUCCCACACCAGAACCCGGUGGCAGACCAUGCCAGGGAGAAAGCAUUGAAAAACGGCCCUGUGGAGAAGCAAAAUAG